AUGAGGUCUGUUCUCAUUGCUUCUCUCUCUAUCGGAUUCGCGUCUGCGUCGCCUUGGGGAAGAGGGGGACAUAAUUGGAAUGGGCACCAUGGGUCGAACAAGCUGAACGUCCAAGUGGGCGAUAGACCAUAUUACUUGGUCAAUGAUAUGGAUAAUGGUCCUCUAAAAGAGAAGCUCCAGUCAUGCUCUGAAGGCCCGUUCUCUGCUACGGAAUUCACGAUUGCCCAUCGUGGUGCCUCCCUUCAAUUCCCAGAGGAGACCUUCGAAGCGUGGACCGCUGCUGCCCGGCAAGGUGCGGGAGUCCUCGAAUGCGACGUCGCGUUCACUCAGGAUAAACAGCUUGUCUGCCGGCAUGACCAGUGCGACUUGCACUACACCACGAAUAUCCUCGCCACCCCUCUAGCAGCGAAAUGCACCACACCUUUCACCCCUGCAUCCGGUAGUACGUCCGCCUCCGCGAAAUGCUGCACCAGCGAUAUCACCCUUGCGGAAUUCAAGUCCCUCUGCGGCAAAAUGGAAGGCCAAAACGUCAAUGCCACCACCGUCGCUGAGUACAUCGACGGCACUCCCGACUUCCGCACCGACGUCUACGCCACCUGCGGCACCGUCGCCUCCCAUAAAGAAUAUAUCGAAUUCACCGACAGCCUUGGCCUGAAAUUCACCCCGGAACUCAAGACCCCGGGCGUGCCGAUGCCGUUCGGCACCCCCGACUACACGCAAGCCGCCUACGCGCAACAGCUGAUCGACGAGUACAAAGCGGCCGGCAUCGACCCUAAGCGCGUCUACCCGCAGAGCUUCCUCGUCGACGACGUGUACUACUGGAUCCAACACGAGCCCAACUACGGCAAGCAGGCCGUCUACCUGACCGAGCCAACCAUCGACCCCGCGGGCUUCGACGCCGCGGUCGCAAACCUGACAACGUACCGUGAGAAUGGGGUGAACAUCAUCGCGCCGUCGAUUGCGGGACUUCUGGCGCUGGAUGCGGAGGGCAAAAUCGUGCCGUCGAGCUACGCGAAGGAGUCGAAGCGGCUGGGGAUGGAGAUCAUCACGUGGAGCUUUGACCGGUCGGGCCCGGUGGCGACGUGGGAGGCUGAUGAGUAUUAUUACAGCACAGUGAUACCGGCGAUGAAGAAGGAUGGGGAUCUGUAUACGGUGCUGGAUGUGCUGGCGAGGCAGGUGGGGGUGAGCAAGGUGUUUUCGGACUGGCCGGCGUCGGUGACGUAUUAUGCCAAUUGCUUUAGACUAUAG